UUCAAUGUACUUGUGACGUCACAUAGGAUAACAAUAGAAUGUUUCUAGCGUGUAAGAUGCGUUUGUUUAUAUUGUUUGUAUGUUUGUCGACAUUCGCAUCGAGCAUACAUGCUGUUACGACACAAUCUACACUGUUUACUACGUCAUCAAUCAGCAAUGAAACUAUGAUAUACACGAUCGGCGGCAACGCUGGCGGAGAUCCUUGUUUAUUCCCUUUCACUUUUAUGGGAGUAAGCUACAGUGAUUGCACGACUGCUGGUAGAAGCGACAAUCAGAAGUGGUGUGCUACCACUUCUAACUACGCUAAGGAUUUUAUAUGGGGUAUUUGCCCUCAACCAGUUCGUGGAUGCGGCGACUUUUGGGUGGAAGGCCAGUUUGGUGAAUAUUGUUACCAGUUCAACUUUCAAUCUUCACAAACGUGGGUUCAAGCGAGGGACGCUUGUCGGCAACAGAACGCUGAUUUACUAAGUAUUACGAGCCCUAAGGAACAAGCUUGGAUCGCAGGUCGGAUAAAUGUUGUAACGACCGUAAUGUGGCUUGGCAUGAGUGACAUCACAGUGGAGGGCAACUGGGCGUGGAGUGAUGGAUAUCCACUCGUGUAUUUGAACUGGAGGGCAGGACAACCUAAUAGUUACGGUGGCAAUGAAGAUUGUGGAGCAAUAAUCACAAGGAACGGGCUGUGGGGCGACACCCCGUGUUCGAGGCAUCUAAGUUUUAUCUGUAAAAAACGAGAUGAAACGAAAGCGAUCAACCAGCCGACUACAGUAGCACCUAUAGGGACAAUCCCUAUAUUAAACGUUGAAUGUUAUAAUCAUGAUGGGUCGGAUUAUAUCGGGAGUGUAAACGUCAGCGCAUCAGGUUUACCGUGUAUGGAUUGGGGGUUACAAACUACUACGUUUGGUUUAAGCGGAAACUUAUGUCGUAAUCCUGACCACUCGUUGAUGCCGUGGUGUUACACCAAUUCCUCUUUAGGAUGGGGGUAUUGUGAUGUUUCAACUUGUAUAUCCACAUUAUACUGCGAGUCUGGUUGGAAGUCGAUUGGCGGCCGUUGCUUUAGGUUGGGUUGCACUAUUCCUUCUGUAUGGUUUGAUGCGCAAACCUCAUGUAAAAAAGUUGGAGCCGACGUUGCGAGGAUCGGUUCCAAAGCAGAACUGGAUGAGAUAAUCGUUUGGAUGGAAGCCACAAGGAGUCUUAAAAUGUCUACACACGAUGAUAUUUGUUUAGUAUCUACAUAUGAUGAUUUAUGGAUUGGUUUGAACGACAUCGAUCACGAGAUGCACUUUGAAUGGGAUGAUGGGGUCACUCCAACUUUUACUUAUUGGGGAAAGGAUCAGCCAGUUGACAUACAAGGCGAUCGAGAUUGUGUAAAGAUGUCACUCGCAAGUGGAAGAUGGGACGACGUUAGUUGUUACAGGAAAUAUCAAUUUUUAUGCUCCAAGAACCCAACGGAACCAUCACCUCCUCAAACCUCUAUGUUCGACGGGGUUUGCACCAAACGUGGGGGUGGCUCUCUACCAACACCUACUGGUUCCAAUGUUACCCUCCCAACCCCUGAUAAAGGUUGUCCUGUUGGUUGGGUUGGAUUCGAAGCCACUUGUUAUAAGUUCGUCCACCAACAAACAAAUUGGACAGAUGGUUACCGUUUGUGUCAACGACGGUUUGGGAAUAUCAGUCGCAUGAUUGUUCCUCAUAACAGAUUUGAACAAACCUUUCUUACGACGCAAUCGCACCAUUAUGACAUCACAGUGACCUUUCAUCUGAACAUCCUCGCGUUGUCACAACCGACCACUGGGUGGCAUUUCUUUGACACAGACUUCGACGACGUGAAACAAUCAAAGAAAAUAAUUUUCACGAAUUGGGAACGAAACCAACCGAAUAAGAACCACGUGGACCCUGCUGGGAUUGGUAUGUGCGUAUCCAUGGGAGCUGGAAGCCACGCGGGUUUAUGGAAAGUUGGGAAUUGUAAAGAUCAACGUCGAGUUGUGUGCACUCAGCCACGACAGGGGUUCACGACGGCCCCUCCCCCCACCACACCCAUCCCACUACCCUGCCCCGAUGGCUGGCAGGCGAUCAAAACGAAAUGUUUCAAAGUCUUCAACGAAAUAUAUCGUGUUCGUCGUAAAACGUGGUCGCAAGCUCGUGACUUUUGUCGCAUGUUGGGCGGUGACCAAGGCAACGCUGAUCUAGCGAGUAUCCAUAGCGAUGAGGAGAUUAGUUUAAUAAAGACAAAAGCUAUCGGCAACUUUGUGCAUGGGGGGUAUUUGUGGAUUGGGUUGAAUAAAAGGGGUCAAGAUGGAAGUUGGCGUUGGUCCGAUAACUCGGCUGUGGAUUAUAUGAAUUGGGGUUCAAAUGGCGAGAAACCAAGCGUGAAUGAAAACUGUGUUGAAUACCAAGCAAACAUCAACUUUUGGAGGGGGAGUACGUGCAAUGGGUUGAGAAAUUGGAUAUGCCAGAUUGAUCGAGGUGCGAGUGUGGUGGAUAUGAACAGCGUAACAACACAAGCUCCACAAACAUGCGGCGACGCAUCUUGGCUUUAUUUUAAUGGGUCCUGUUAUUAUUUCAGCAAUCGUAAACGAAUGGCGUAUUAUGACGCUCGAAAAUAUUGUCAGUCGAUGUCGAGUGAUUUAACUUCCGUGGAAAAUAUUGAGGAACAAAAUUAUUUACACCAACAAAUACAACGAUUGAUUCUUUCAGAAUGGUGGAUUGGUCUGGAUAUGAAUAAUCGCGACAAUAGUUUCCGUUGGGCUGACGGGAAACCUUUUACUUUUCAUUCAUGGAGACCAAACGAGCCAAACUACGUGAACAAACAAGAGACGUGUGUUUAUAUUUACCAAAGCGAUGGAACUUGGAACGAUUACAAUUGUGGAAAAAAAAUAAGCUUCAUUUGCAAGAAGAGUAACAACACCGUGCCCACCCCAACCACUCCCGUGCCCGAUUAUAACCCAAAGGGGUUUUGUCCAGGGGGUUGGUGGGAGUAUAGGGGUUACUGCAUCAAGAUAUUUGGGGAGAACGCGACCGACAGAUUAAAUUGGACGGACGCACGCGAUGAUUGCAUGUCACUAGGUGGCAACCUUCUGUCUAUUGUGAACGCUCAACAGCAAGCUUUUAUAACGAGUCGACUAUUUAACGUUAGUGUGGGGGCGAUGUGGGUCGGGUUGAACGAUAUGUUUGGGGAGGGAAGGUUCCUAUGGAGGGAUGGGACGCCUUAUUGGUACAGUAACUGGAAGCAUGGGGAACCUAACAGUCCAGGGUACAGGAAUAAUGGAGCUCAGGAGGAUUGUGUUCGCAUAGUAACUGAUGAAUACAGCGUUGGUAAGUGGGAGGACGCUGUCUGCUCCGAGAAAAGUUCGUAUAUUUGUGAAAUGCAUAAAUCGGUUUCGCUCGAUAAGUUGUGUCAAGAUCAUGUCGAUCCAAACUGGACGACCAAAUGUUCGGACAUUAUUAAACAUAAUAGUUGCGGAACUUUACGCAAACGACAGAAGAAGGCUUGUAUGAAGUCGUGCAACUUUUGUUCAAGGUUUGUAAAACCACCGGCGACAAUACCAAUGGGUGGAGGUUUGUGCGCGAAGGGUUGGGUUUAUUGGAACAAGGAGUGUUGGUUGCUCACCAAGCAAGCAAUGACAUGGGACAUGGCUCAGAAGAAAUGUUCCACAAACGGUGCAUCACUCGCAACAAUAUCCGAUGAAUUUACGCAAUCGUUGGCGUUUAGUUUGUUGUCCGACCCCACAGAAAACCCGGACACAGCGGUGCCUGGUGGGGUCCAAGCAUGGUUGGGGUUAAAAAGGCAAGCAACGUCACCGGGGACCUCGUACGCGUGGAUCACUGGAUGGCCAGUGAGCUUCACAAACUGGGGUGAUCACGAACCCAGCGAUUCUAACGGAACAACAUCGGGCUGCAUCGCUAUGGAUGGUCAGGUGAAGUCAGCACGGGGGAUGCAGGGAUUCUGGUACGAUGUACAAUGCAAUUAUACACUACCUGCUUUGUGCAGAAAGACUGACAAGAAACCACCAGCAAAUGUAACAAAUUAUGAAGGCCAUUGUCCAGGGAGCAAUUGGGUUCCUUUCCAAUCAAACUGUUAUUUCUUCCAACCUAAGACGGAGAUGGCAACCUGGUAUCAAGCUGACUUUGAUUGUCGUAAGAUGGGUGCGUACCCUGCUAGUAUCCACUCUAAGGAAGAAGCGAUGUUUAUUAUACGUAGAAGUGGGGCCUAUAGGAGAGGUCACAUCAGCCUUACACCUUGGAUCGGUUUAUAUCGACAAUUAGACGACGAUACAUUUGCUUGGUCUGAUGGGACACCGAUGGACUUUAUGUAUUGGGCCGAGGGUCAACCUUCCAAGGGUAACGGGUUCGCUAAGGAACUUUGCACUGAACUAACGCUACCAGAGGGAAGAUGGAACGACAACAGUUGCAACAAGAUCGGAUUCACUGUUUGCAAGAAACCACGAGUUAUUGAUUCAAAACCAAAACCAAUACCAGUUACAGGUAGCAACAGCAAUGAGGUUGGAUUAGCCGUUGGUUUAUCUUGUGUGAUCUUAAUACUCGGCAUCAUGCUAGUGUUGGUAUAUAAUCAUAGAAGGGGGGAAACCAAGACGAAGUACUCGUUCCAUCUUCCCUCAGUCUCGUUUCUUCGCUUCUUUAAUAUUAAUGGAGCGCGAAGUUUUAACGACGUGGAUGACACGAGACACCUAGUGGCAGGAGACGAUGCUUCGGGCGCUUACCAGUGAAUUAUGACGUCAUAGUCGUGCUAAUUGAGGUUGAAUCAAAAUUGGUGGAAAUGUUUUAUUUAUUAAUUUGAAGAUGAACACGUAGCAAAUAUAUUGGACGUAAAUUAGA